UAUGGGUCUCUCUUCAUGUCUAAUUCUCUUUCCUCUGUUUUUCAUCUCCUUUCCAAUUCUUUCGUCUUCUUCUUUGAAGACAUCAAAUGUUUAUAAUUCCCCGAGUAAUGAAGCGCAGAGGCUUAUCCGCAGUUUUAACUUGUUUCCCAGUUCUGGCAUCAACUCCGGCGGCCCUUCUGCCCGCCUAUUACCCAAUGCAGCGUCGUCCUCUUUGGUCGAAAAGCAAUUCACACUCCCAGUCCUUGGUGAUCCAGGGACUCCUUCGAUUCAGAAUUUGGGUCAACACGCCGGCUAUUAUCGACUUCCUCAUUCUAAAGAUGCAAGGAUGUUUUACUUCUUCUUUGAGUCGAGAAAGAAUGAGACAGAUGCCCCAGUUGUGAUAUGGUUGAGCGGAGGACCCGGAUGCAGCAGUUCAAUUGCUCUGUUUUAUGAAAACGGGCCUUUCCAGAUAACCAACAACAGUUCUCUUAUCUGGAAUGACUUUGGUUGGGACCAGGUUUCGAACUUGAUCUAUGUGGACCAGCCCACCGGCACCGGUUUCAGUUAUAGUUCCGAUGAAUCUAGUAUUCGUAACGAUGAAGAGGGUGUUAGCAAUGACUUAUACGACUUCUUGCAGGCAUUCUUCAAAGAACAUCCUCAAUAUUUGAAGAACGAUUUCUACAUAACAGGAGAAUCAUAUGCCGGCCACUAUAUCCCUGCCUUAGCCACUCGGGUUCACAAUGGAAACAAAAACAAAGAGGGAGCUCUCAUUAACCUUAAGGGUUUUGCUAUUGGAAAUGGAUUGACAAACCCUGCAGUUCAAUACAAUGCAUACCCAGAUUAUGCUUUAAGAGCGAAGUUAAUCACACAAUCUCAAUACAAAGAUGUCGCCAGUUUGAUACCGACCUGCGAGAAAGACAUAGCUAAAUGCAAUGUAAAGAUAGGAGGAGAAGGAGAGAGCUGUACUGAAGCACGUUCUUCCUGUACUGCCAUAUUCAACAGUAUAAUGGACUAUGUUGGUAAUAAGAAUUAUUACGACUUUCGAAAAGAAUGUGUGGGUAGCCUUUGCUAUGAUUUCUCGAAUAUGGAAAAACUGUUAAACGAGCCAUUUGUUAGAAAAGCCCUUGGAGUUGGGGACAUUGAGUUUGUAUCUUGCAGCACUAGUGUUUAUGAUGCAUUGAUUAAGGAUUGGAUGAGGAAUCUUGAAGGGGGAAUUCCUGCGCUUCUUGAAGAUGGAAUUAAGGUUUUGGUAUAUGCAGGAGAAUAUGAUAUCAUCUGCAAUUGGCUUGGGAACUUGAGGUGGGUUCAAGGGAUGAAAUGGUCAGGUCAGAAAAACUUCAUUGUUGCUCCCACCCUUCUAUUUGAAGUCGACGGUGCUGUCAAGGGAAAAAUUAAUGGAUAUGGACCUUUGUCAUUCAUCAAGGUUCACGAGGCGGGGCAUAUGGUUCCUAUGGAUCAACCCAAAGCAGCAUUAGAGAUGCUGGAAAGAUGGACAAAAGGGACCCUUUCAAUGUCAAAAAGAUCAAGCCAGCCAAUUGAUUCAAUGAGCUCAUAUUAAUUCAUAUAUAUGAAUAUUGUUCUUUGUUACUAUUCUAUUGCAAACUAUGAAUAGUCGGAUAAUUCUUUAAGUCCAAUCAUCAAAAUUGAUAAAAACUUGUAGUUCAUUUAAAUUCGAUUCAUUUAAAAAGUGAAUUUCAAACCCAAUCAAACUUUGAGGAUAUAUACUGAAUUUAAUAA